CCUCCGGCUACCAUCCCUUUCCCAGUCGGUUGUGUCUGCUGAUCGCGGUGGUGACUGCGUGUGGGCGCCUGCUGAGGCAGAUCCUUCUUCCCUUCGUCCCCUGCCUACCUGACCGCGCCUUCAUGGGACUGCUCGGCAGGCCGGCGCUUCCUUCGCCUGUCCCUUGAGCUGCCGCUAUUUAAGGGAGCGACUGGACCCGAAGUGGGCUCGCAGACGCCUCUCCACAUCGUCCGGCUGUGCGCGCUGCCUGGCGAGGAAUGAAUGGUGACCAUCGAAAUGAGCUGCACAAUUGAGAAGGCCCUAGCAGAUGCCAAAGCACUUGUGGAGCGACUGAGAGAACAUGACAAUGCAGCAGAAGCCCUGAUUGAACAGACUACAGCUCUCAACAAACGAGUGGAAGCAAUGAAGCAGUACCAGGAAGAAAUUCAAGAACUGAAUGAAGUAGCAAGACACAGGCCUCGCUCUUCAUUGGUUUUGAGUAUCCAGCAGGAAAACAGGCAGAUCAGGGAACUGCAACAAGAAAAUAAAGAACUACGCACAUCUCUUGAAGAACAUCAGUCUGCAUUGGAGCUAAUAAUGAGCAAAUACAGAGAGCAGAUGUUUAGACUGCUCAUGGCCAGCAAAAAAGAUGACCCAGGUAUUAUAAUGAAGUUAAAGGAGCAGCACUCCAAGGAGCUACAAAUUCAUGUGGAUCAAAUUACAGAAAUGGCAGCAGUAAUGCGAAAAGCCAUUGAAAUUGAUGAGCAGCAGGGCUGCAAAGAGCAGGAACGAAUUUUUCAACUAGAACAAGAAAACAAAGGACUGAGAGAAAUCCUGCAGAUAACAAGAGAAUCAUUCCUGAAUCUCAAGAAAGACGAUGCAUCAGAAAGUACCUCUCUGUCAGCAUUAGUAACGAACAGUGACUUGAGCCUGAGGAAGAGUUGAAGAUCCUGUGGAGACUCUGAAUGACUGCUGCCAAUAACAACAACUGAAAGUAUCAGGGUUGACUUGUCAAGCACCUGUUUCCAAUGAGGCAUUUACAAGUUAAUGCAUCCUAAACUGGAUAACAAUUUGAUACUUUUAUACCACGUACAGUACAUUAUAAUGACUUAUUUAAACUCAUUAAUGUCCAAUAUUAGUUGAUACAUGCAACAUCAGUAGGAAAUGGGCUAAGGAUGGCUGUAUUUUUUAUGAAGCUAGUCAAACAACUUCACAGGCUAGACACAUACCUAGAAAGUUAAAAAUACUGGUCCUGUAGCAUAUGUGCAUACAGAAUAAAAGCUGUGUAGUCAAACAUACUUACCAUGUUGACGUGCAUCCUUGAAGGAAAUCGUAUCUAUGGGUGUUGCUUGCACAGCACUCUGUAGUGGCUGGCUGUGCAAUGCUGAUAAACUGACAGUGUUAGUCUUUCCUUCUUUCUCCCCUGAAAUAGUUUUGAAAAUAAUAUGUUCUUUUUCUAAAAAAGAAAUUUUCUAAUGCAUUGAACAUAUGGCAUCCUGCUGUAGAAAGUGUAAUAAGAGCACAAGUUUCCGGAAGAGUACUUGCCAAACAUUGAAUGCUCUGUAGAGCAGAAGAUAGGAACUACAGUGUCUCACAAUCAACACUAUGCAUAGCCAACUGCCAGAUCAGAGGUGUGCACCGCAAAACUUGCAGAAUCAGCAAUUGUAGGAAGAGUCUUCCUUAGUGGUGAGGAAAAUCGGUGUGACUGGUGUUAACAGGUACAUCAGUACAGAGCUAGGGAGAUUUUAUGCCAUUUAAGAGCAAAGAUCAGUCUAACAGCAGUUAACGGAAUCUGCAUAUAGGGCUACCAAAGGAGAGACCAGAGAGUAAAAUUCUAGGGUCCCUGGUCACUUUAGGGACCCAUGCACGCUAUGUGAAUUGUCUGCAUAAACUGUUUGGUUUGGGUCUCUGUAGUGGGACAGGGAAGCUUAUCUGUAGGGCCAUGGUGGUUCUUGGCAGCUCUAUUUGUUUCUGGUACACCUCACACACAACCUUUCAGCAAGAGAUUGGUCACAGCUGCUUAUACUGGAAAUUGGAAUGAGCCGUUUUAAGCAAAACCAAAACAGAAAUGUGAAGAAAAAACUUCAAUGCAGAAAAAACAGGUAACCAAGAAGGUUGACAAAAGGCCGAAUAACAAUAAGUAAUAAGUUAUAUAUACCGUAUUUUUUGGACCAUAAGACUCACUUUUUCACCCCAAAAAAGUGGCUGGAAAGUGUGUGCGUCUUAUAGAGCGAAUGUGGGAAAAAAGAGCCCGUCCAGCGCCAGGAGUGUUCAGGAACCGGAAUGACAGGGCCAGGAGUGUUCAGGAACUGGAAUGACA